CGGUAUUUUGAGAGUGACCUCCCUUUGAUCACGAUACUGUUUACCUUUAGGAUCCAGCUUACGUGGUGUCGAUAUAGAACUUGAUACUGACAAUUCCUGACAUCUUCCCGUAUGAUUCCACACUCCACGUUGGCUCCCCUGUCGAGGAAAUUUCUGUGGAAAGAUGAAUGAUGCUGAAUAUGAUGAAGAUAAAGAAAGUGAAGUGGAUAUCCGAGAUAUGUUGGAAUUACAACUCUCGGAGGUGGAAAUGCUCACUAGUAUGUUCCCCAGCAAAGAGGAAUUCAAGAUGGACGACCCCUGUACUGUGUCAGCCGUCAAGAGUUUUCUAGAUGGCCAAAUACGGUAUGAGUUUCUACACAAGAGGGUGGGCUUCUCCGUCAAGGUGACACCAAGGUCAUCAGACAGUAAGGUUGUGGUUGAGUUGGUUUGUAACCUACCACAUGAUUACCCACAUGUAGCGCCGACCGUCUUCACCAGGUCUCCACUCAUGAACCGAGAGAACCACCAGCGAUUGAAUGAGGAUUUAAAUGAAUUCAUACAGGGCAUUGAGCGAGGAGAGAUCUGUAUGUUCUCUGUGAUUGAAUGGAUUCAGGAAAACGUUGACCAAUAUCUUGUUACUGUUGAGAAAAAGAAAGAUUCUUCCCCGAUAAAGGAAGUAGACACAGUUUUCACAAGACUUUGGAUAUACAGUCAUCAUAUUUACAGUAAAUUCAAACGUAGGGACAUUAUAGACUGGGCCCAGGAACUCAAACUGACAGGUUUUAGUCUACCUGGGAAGCCAGGUGUCAUCUGUGUGGAGGGAUAUAGCCGUAGUGUUGAUGAAUACUGGCAAAGAUUACGACGACAGAACUGGAAACGCUUAGUGAUAAAGGAAAAAGAGGAGCAGGAUAUCGGAGACGAGGAUAUGAAGAAAUAUAACAAGUUUGAUGGUUUUGAAGAAAAAGUCUUUGAUGCACGAGGAGGUAAAGGGAGAGAAUAUCAUAUGGACUUGGGGAAAUUGUUCGAGUUUCUGGAGAAACGAGAUUGUAGGCAUAUCUUCAGUCUUUACUUUGGAGUAGACGGCAAAAUGGCAGCAGAUUGACAUGUAUGAAAUAAUAUUGUAUAAAAUUGUUUUCUCUCUUCA